CCUCCAUUUGUUGCGGACGAAUCUGACCCUUGCCUCUUUGUUGACUAUCUAGAUCCCUUUUCCGAAUUAGCCAAAAUUUAGAGAGGAGCGUAAUUUCUCUCUCCUUCUGUUCCUCUCUCUCAUUCUUUUCUUGGCUACUUACAAACCCUAAUUUUCCAAAUCACGUUUUUUUUCUAACUAUUUCUGCCUAACUUUCUUCUACCUCCUCUAGAUCCACCCCCAUUCCGCAUCAACAACAACAACAACACAUUGUUAUCUCAAUGAUCCAUUUGGUCCAUACUCCACUUGGUUUUUUUUAUCAAUUCCCUUCAUAAAAAUAUUCCCCUCUUUUUUCUGCAGCGAUCUAUUUGUGCGUUGGAGGUGCGUGUUUUUGUGAUUUCCUCCAACCCAAUUGAGAGAAAAAAAAUGAGAAAUUGGGCAUUGCGGAUUGAUGGGGUUGUUCUUUUGAAUCUCUGUUAUUCUUUGUAGGGUUUGUGUUUCUCUCUGUUACAGUGACUUUUGAUAGAACAAAAAAAAAAAGAAUGGAUUCUGUUGGGGAAUCGAGCUUUUUGGUUCCUCAGGAGAAGGGUUCGUGCCCCUCUAUUGGGUCAGUGUUGGAUGGCUAUUUGAUCAAUUGUUGCAGCCUGUGUGGUUUCAAUGAGAAAUUGGAAGGAGAGACAUGUUUUGAGAUGAUCAAUGCUUUGUUGGGUGAUUUGGAUGAUACAGAAGAAGUCGUAAUUGAAGAUGAUGUUCUUGAUCGGUUGCCAAUGGAUCCCUUUGGAAUGAACAUAACGGCAUUCUCAGAUUGGAUUGAGGAUUUUGAAUGGGGUUUCCGACCCCUGGAUGUUGAGUUUGAGGUGGAUGAAACGCAUGAAAAGAUUGGUGAUCAUGAUCAUCUCCACUUUUUGGGUCUUAGUUGGGAUUUUAAUGGCCCUGAGAAUUUGCAGCCUCAGACGGUUGAUGCUAAGGGGAACGAUAUGUUGGUUUCUGGUGAUGUUUUCAAUGGAUAUCAAAAUUUUGAUGUGGUGUUUGAUGAGGGCAUUGUGGCCGAUGGAAGCACAAGGGGGUUUCUGAGUGUUAGCCAACGUCAUGGGGACUAUAGGGUUCAAAGCAAGGAAGCCGAGGAAUCGCGAAACUACACCAAAAUUGAAUGUGAUGCUGAAGGAGGUUUUCCACAUGAUGCUUUGUUUUUUGUGUUGGGUUAUCUAGGUGUGAGGGACCUUCUCUCUGUUGAAGGGGUUUGCAAAUCUUUGUGUGAUGCUGUUAGAGGUGAUCCUUUGUUAUGGAGAACCAUGCACAUUGAUCAGCCAUUAAAUGAGAGGAUUACGGAUGAUUCACUAGUAAAGUUAACCAACAGGGCUCAAGGUACUCUUCAGCAUCUGGCCCUAGUGAACUGCUUAUGGAUCACUGACAGUGGUCUUGGACGAGUUUUACAAAGUAACCCGAGAUUGAUGAAGCUAAGUGUGCCAGAUUGUAUUAGACUCACAAUUGAGGGCAUCUUAUUCAACCUAAGGGCUCUAAAAUCAUCUGGAAAACUUGGUAUAAAGCACUUGCGAAUUGGUGGGCUUGCUGGUGUGUGUCAUGUGACCGAUCAGCAGUUUGAAGAGUUGAAGGAAUUACUGGAUGCAAGCAAGUAUUUGCAACAGCAAGACCAGAAGCCACAAUUCUACGGAGAGUAUUCACAUAUCACAUGUGAGGAUGACCGUGCAAUUGACAUAGAGGUGUGUCCAAGAUGCGAGAAACUGAGACCUGUUUAUGAUUGCCCCGCCGAGAGUUGUCAACCGAAACAUCAGGCUUCUCAGCUGUGUAGGGGUUGCACAAUAUGCAUAGCACGUUGCCUCCAUUGUGGAAGAUGCAUUAAGGACUUUGAUUAUGAAGAGACAUUUUGUUUGGACUUGCUUUGUUUAAAUUGUUGGAACCAGUUCCUGCAUUGUCCGGAAAAAGGGGGAAAGGAAGCUACAAAGUGUACUAUUAUUAGUCAGACAACCAUGUAUCAGUUUUGUCUCUAUGGCUAGGAGUGCCCCUGGUCUGCAUGGUCUUUUGACAUACAUUGGAUCAGAAUCUGCACAUUUGGUUGUCUGGUAGUUUUUGAUGUGCAAAUUGAGCUGAGUGUGCAUGGUAGAACAUUCGUGGUGGUAUUUUAAUUACUCAACUGCUGAGCUUGAGUUGCAUAACGUGUGGCUGAGCUUUUCUAAACUGUGAUGAGGAAGAAGAAAAAAGGAUUUUGGAGGUGAAAAAUUAUUGAGAUCGAAUAAGAAAAACAAUUAAAAAAAUACUUGGUGUUGAAUAUAUGGGUGGAUUAAUGGAAAAAGAGAAGUGGGGGGUGGUCUCAUGUAUAGCAUUUUCUGACCAAGCCCAGCUUCAUGUUGUGACAUCUUCUGCAGUGGAAUCUGAGUUCAUUUAAGUGAAGCAUGUUAAUUUUGCUUCAUUUAAUGAUGUGGCAUGUGUAUAGAUUUUUCCUAACAUGAGUAGCUUUGUGACACACGGUGCCACUAUCUCCUGCAGGUUUCAAUGAAAUCGCAUUCAUUGAAGUGAGAACGAACAAUGUGUUUUACUUGAUGUUUGAUGUAGUGGUGAUGCUGAAGAAGGGCAUAUGGUGGUGCUUGCAGUGGAUCUUUUAUCUUCUGUUCAUUGCGUCAAGGAAAAUGUUGCCAUUGUUGGUUAGUGUGCUAUUCUGCUUACAAUAAAUCAUCUCAAAGAGAAGCUACAUUGUCGAGCACAGUGGUCUGGCUUGUCUGGGGUUCUAGGAGAAUAAUUGAAGGUUUUUCUGCAGCUGUGUAAUAAUGGCUGAAGCAAUAAGUUCAACCAUUCUACGAUAUGAUCAUACGCAAUAAGCCAGCCUGAUUCAAUGAAGAAAGAUUCCCCUCCAAUAAAAAUAAAUAAAUGUACCUUUUCCCCAGUUGAGUCAAUGUAAAUACUGGUCUCAGGAAAUUGAGACAAUGUCACAUUAUCCUUGUUGCUAGAAACGGUUGAUGUUUCAUGUUUGACUCUUUAUGAUAAAGAAAAGGGGAAGAAAAAUUCCAAAUUUUAGUUGUGACUAUUUGUUGCAUUGUUUAUUUGUUUUAUUCAAGAGUUCUUUGCUUGUCA